CCAAACGGUGACACGGCCACCGGUCCAACCUGUACGGCGAACUGAAUUCCUCGCAACGUUCCCUCAAGGAAACGUCGUACACGCGUGUCCCCGAACAAAAAUCGGAAUGCCUUCUCCUGUUUCCAGGAAGUGUUUGUUCCUUUUCUACUUUUGAACUUUCCACAAGUGCGCGUCUUUGUUAGAUGCAGAGAAUUCCUCGGUCAGCGGCGGCUGUGAGAAGUACACAAUGGAGCUGGUAACCGCCCUCCGCUGAUGUCAAUGUAGUUGACAACAUAAUUAAAAAAAUAUAUAUAUUCAGUACGUGUACCUGGAACAUAGCUGGCAACAUCACUGAGAAGCGUCAGACUAAUUAAACCAGAAACUGGAGGCGAGCCCGAUUUUUAUAUCCAGCUGGAACUCGGCGACCUCGCACACCAGCUCGGGCUCCUUCCGUACCGCAGAGGUGACAUUCCGCGUUCAUAUAGCCGCCUCCUGCAGCCGGGGAUCGGGUCGCCAAGGUCCCUGCACGUGGCCACCUCCCAGUUCGCGACCCCGAUGGUCCCUCCUACAAGCGGUGAGCCCACGGGAAGAGGGACCGAUGUUACCCUUUCGGGGUACGCCUGAGUGUAGUGGACACCGUGCUCACCUUCGGUCCUCACGCUGAGUACACGGCCAAGCGCGUCAACCAACGAACCGACAUACUCAAAGCCGUCGCCGGCUCAAACUGGGGGACGCUCACCGUGACGUACAAAGGCAUCGGAAGGUCCGUCCUCAACUACUUCGCUCGAGCCAUCGCACUGGAAGAAGCUCCGGACUCGGCAGAACGCCAUUUUCAGAGUCACCACCGGCUCCCUGGCCAUGGCGAACCAGGACCACCUGCAUCUGGAGACCAAGAUCCUAGCGGUGAAGCAACACAACGAACUACUCGCCCGGUAGUAUCGGCUACGCUGCCAGCUACCCGGUGUCAAACGAACCACCUCAACCGCAGUUACUUCGCCAUGACGUCCGUAAAUACCGUCAAGACAACCACGAGGACAUCACCACCGACGCGGUGUUCGACGAACAAGCCUACCGAGAUGGGCUACGUAGGGUCCGUCGGACGGCAGUUGAUGACGCGGUGGCCGGCUAUAAACCGGUAGUCAUCCUUACCCCUGAGCUGGACAAAACCGAAAUCGAUCUUCCGCGGGCCACAAGAUCCAAACUGUCCCAACUCCGCUUCGGACGAAGUACUACGCUGAACGUAACGGACUCCCUUCCUGGAACUAGAAAGUCGACUGAACAAUGCGACAACGGUAAUUUCGCUACUGGGGUGAUCGGGGGACACAAACCCCUCCACCACAAUGAGGUGACGGUUCAAGGACGGGAAAUCUUAUUUUGUUGUGUCGAAAGCUAGCAUAAAUUUACCUCAAUCAACUUUGGGAAUUUAUGCCAACCGGUAAUUUGAUAUAACCCUAAACAAAGAUUAGCAAAGUCGCUGUGAUUAAUAGGGGGGGGGGGGGAAUAACUCAGAUUGAAACAGGCUGGCGGUAUGGUGGGGCAGCUGCCUGUGUGUCGUCUGCACGUUCUCCCCGUGCCUGUGUGGCUUUUCUCCGGGUGGGCACUCCGGUUUCCUCCCGCAUCCCAAAAAGAUGCAACAUUUAUUGGACGCUCUAAAAUUGCCCGUAGGUGCGGUUGUGAAUGCGGCUGUCUGUCUGUCUCCAUGUUGCCUGGGAUUGGCUGGGAACCAGUUGAGGGUGUACCCUGCCCGCCUCCUGCCCGUUAACAGCUGGGAUAGGCUCCAGCACUCCCUGUGACCCUUGUGAGGAUAAGCGGCAAAGAAAAUGGAUGGAUGAAUUAAAAACUGGCUCCAUCUCAUGGUCACUGAGGAAUUUACGGACUGGGUGACAUCUUAUCUAGCAAACGCAAAUGUGGACCAUUGCUAUGCUUAUGUUGUCAUAGAUCAAAUAAGCACUUUUAUGCUUUUUAACCAGUAUAAUAUUAAUAUAAUAAUCUCACAGUUUGGAGAGCUGAGAGAGGGUGGGGGGCUGGGGCCAUCAACUUUGUGCGACGUAUCGAAAGGUGCCGGAGUUGUAAAAAGCACGACAGACUUUGAACGCAUCGUUAGUUGAGCUCGCGAAGUUUACAAGUGGACCCGUUAAGAAAAUAAAAGAACUUUUAUAUAGUGGAUGGAUGGCGAGAGACAAUAAAAGACACAUACAUCAAUUAAAUGCACAAAAUAAAGUUGUUCCAACUAUUUAUUCCUAAUCAGUGUGAAACAGAACAAGAGUGGCAAGAUUGUUUGACACCUUUUACUUCGAAGGGACAAUAUUGACUCCUUUAAAAAUACGAACUUGACGUUUUAGCCGCCACGUCCAAAAGUCAAGCGCGCAGAUCAGAGUCCCUCCGGUAGAUUAGAAAAUGUUUGUCUGCAUUAUGUGCGGCCUCUCGGGCUUCCGUAUCACGCCUCGGGCGCCGACGUGACUGCCCUAGUGCCCUUUAGCCUCGCGCACCUUUGCGCCCCACGUUGCCGCGAGCAGCCGCUGAGCUAACGUCAACGUGCAAUUUCCUGCUUGUGUUUGCCCUGUCUGUUGUGUGGGUUAUUUUUAUUUAUUUUUUUUGGGGGGGGAGAGCUGCUUGGUCGCCACCGUGGAGCGGUUCGUCUUCGUGGUGCUGCAGGCGACGACACCAGAAUGUAUUCGAUCCGAGAUCAAGCAAAGAACCUCCCGUGACUGACGAGAAGAUGCCGUAGUCACCCCCCACUUUCGCCCUCAACUCCCGUUUAUUUCCCGUCGACCCGCCUGCAUCCCCCCCCCCCCGCGGGGACCCCGGGCAACAGGGGGGGCGAUGCCGGGCGGCCGGCAGAAAAGCGGCCGGCGCUCGCUGUGGCGCUUUCUGCUCCCGCUCCGCUCGGGUCAGGAGCGAGUGGUGCUGGCCCGCAGCGAGAGCCUGCCCAGCGACCAGCUGCUGAAGAUCACCGUCACGGAGGCCGCCGUGAUCAAGGCUGGCUCGGGGGUCUUGAACCGCCGCUCCCUCGCCUACCUGGCUCUUUGGUACUUCUUCAGCUUCUGCACCCUCUUUCUCAACAAAUACAUCCUGUCGCUACUGGAAGGGCAGCCGAGCAUGCUGGGUGCGAUUCAGAUGCUCUCCACCACCAUCAUCGGUUUCCUCAAGAUGUUUGUGCCCUGCUGCCUUUACCAGCACAAGUCCAGGAACGAGUAUCCACCCAACUUCAUCAUGAUCAUGCUCUUCGUUGGAUUGAUGAGGUUCACCACGGUGGUCUUGGGCUUGGUCAGCCUGAAGAACGUCGCCGUGUCUUUUGCGGAGACUGUGAAGAGCUCUGCGCCCAUUUUUACCGUCAUCAUGUCCCGGCUGAUUCUCGGGGAGUACACAGGCCUGUGGGUGAACCUCUCCCUGUUCCCCGUCAUGGCGGGCCUGGCGCUCUGCACGGCCACCGAGCUCAGCUUCAACCUGCUGGGCUUCUCCGCCGCGCUCUCCACCAACGUCAUGGACUGUUUACAGAACGUCUUCUCGAAGAAACUGUUGAGUGGUGACACUUACAAAUUCAGCCCUCCAGAAUUGCAGUUUUACACUAGUGCGGCGGCAACCAUUAUGCUCAUCCCAACCUGGAUUUUCCUCUUGAAAAGUCCGCCAGCUGAGAAGAGCGGCCAGACGUUGACGUUGAGCCGGGACAUCGUCGUGUUGCUGCUUUUCAACGGCGGCCUCUUUCACCUGCAGAGUGUCACCGCCUACGCGCUGAUGGGUCGCAUUUCUCCAGUAACCUUCAGGCUGGGCCCCGCGAAUGUCGUCGGCGCAACGUACGCCGCGACUGCCGCGCCGCUACGCUGUGGAAACGCGCCACCGGGCACGACCGGCUCCCCCGCCAAAGUGUCCGUUUUUGACCACUUGAAGCAUUUUAAGAUGCAUCUUGAAAAAUAAUAUGAAAUAAUCCAAUUACUGCAUUCCAGGAAUGCUCUUCCUCCGUUGUGAUUAGAUUCCUUCCCAGUGGAUGCUGGGAUCGAACCUUCAACUUCUUGGAGAGUUCGUCAAAAGCUUUGCUCAAAGGCCGCGCGCGUGUGCAGAGCGUCUUUCCGCGCCACAUUUUCAAGGUAAAAUCACGUUUUGGCUGAAGUCGCGGCACACCUGCUAAUGGACCUUUCCGGUGGCGAUCGUAAGCUCCGCCCCCUUAGCGACGUCCCACAAGCUUCCAAAAUGGCGACUGAACAGAACAGGUUUGAAGUCGAUUCUCUUAUCGCGUAUUCCAGAUAAUAUUGCGGUAUGUUUUUUGCCAAAUGCGUCAGACUUGUCCAAGAGACUUCUACAGCAAGGUCUCAACUAUUUCACGCAAGGAUACGUACACGGAAUUAAGAUUUUGGACGGAGCGGGACGCAGUGUCAGAGUUACAGCGAAACGUUGGCGAUCGACGCAAAAACGUUUGACGCCUCACAAACUUCAUAUUGAAAUUCAACAGGAUAAAAUGGUGGAAUCGUACUGCGCAUGUAAAGCAGGGUGAGUACUUUUUACUUGGGAAAAUCACGAGUAAUAUCAUUGUAGUCUUUAGAAGUGAGUGGGUGUAUUCAUUUGACCCGACUCGUAAUCGAACCCAGUGCUCUGUCUCAAAAGUCUGAUGUGAUACGAAUAGGAAAAUUUCUCUUGCAUGACGUAGCGCAUUUACGUAUCGCUAACCCGACUCUUCGGCAUAAAACGUGACACACUUCAUUCAGCGGGUCAGUGAUACGCUGACAAAGUGAAAGUUGUUCUCCUGCAAUCUAUAAAGCGCUGAUAAUAAUUCAAUCAAACUCAGAGAAGAUACAUUUCCCUCAUUUACCUUUGAAAAUACAGCCUUGUGUUUGUUACAUUUAGUUGUACGUGCGCUCUUUCGCAAGCCUUAAUCCAUCGUAGACACUUCGUCAACUGUGUUUUAGGCUUUGGGAAAUGAAUCAAGCGGUCCCCUUGUAACCUCGCAGGAUAUCUUUCAUCAGAAUUGCGCAUCUGAGGAUCAUUUUCUUCGUAACAUGAACUUUUCCAAGCGCACGCUACUGACAACCAGCGUUGCUUGUGGGACAAUACGGCGAGAGGGGCGUGUCAAGCCAGGGGUUAAGACAAUGCGGCUAUCUGAUUGGCUAUUAUUGCACGAGUGAUUGACAGGUCGGAAAGGUCCAUUAACAUGCUGGGAUUCACUUUUUUUUUUUUUUAAGAGAUGUGUUCGUUAUUAAAAUUGUCCUGAAUGGAAGAAAAUAUACAAUUGUUCUUCACUUGCAGCCACAACAUCCUCCACUCUUUGAUUUUCUGUCAGGAUUUAUUUUUUUGAUUUUUAUUUUUUUUUUUGGUCCUUUCAUCUCUGCGAUUAGUUAUCGCUGUCGUCGGACCAUCUGCGCUGUAGUCCAUCGGGCGAGUACUCACCCUGCUUCUUUCCCAAAUGCGCCUAUUUGCAAUUUCCAUCCAUCCAUUUUCUUUGCCGCUUAUCCUCACCAGGGUCCCGGGGAGUGGCGGAGCCUAUCCCAGCUGUGGACGGGCAGGAGGCAGGGUACACCCUGAACUGGUCGCUAGCCAAUCGCAGGGGAUAUCAAGACAAACAGCAGCACUCACAAUCGCACCAAGGGGCAAUUUAGAGUGUCCAAUUAAUGUUGCAUGUUUUUGGGGUGUGGGAGGAAACCGGAGUGCCCACCCGGAAAAAAUCCACCGAGGCACGGCGAGAACAUGCAAACUCCACACAGGCGGGGCCGGGAUCGAACCCGGGUCCUCAGAACAAUGAGGCCGACGCUUUACCAUCUGAUCCACCGUGCUGCCCCUAUCUGCAAUUUUUUUUCCUUCAAUUCUAUUCAGUUUCUUUUCCUUUUUUUCCAGCCUGAAAUGCUUCUUGGCUACUUAUUCAGAAAUCUUUGGAGUCUAAAAAAUAUAUAAAUAUAUAUUUUUUUAAAUCCCCAAUGCCGUCAUAAUGCCUGUCAAUUAUGCGCAGCUUUUUGCUAUUUGCAAUCCGGGCCCGACCCUGAUUUUUUUUACUUUUUUUAAUGGAUGGAACCAAAUGCUGUAGAACCUUCGAGGAGCAAGCUAAGCUAAACUGGGAACCCAAAUUUUGAAAUUUGAGCUGUGGGACUGACUGGCGACUAGUUCAGAGUGUCAGCCGCCGAUCGCCCAAAGUCAGCUUGGGAUAGGGUCUGGCGGUUCCCGCCUUGUGAGGAUUAGCGGCUUGGAAAAUGAAUGAAUGGGUGGGUGGACGGUUCGGGGAGAGCUGGAACAUUAGUCCCGGUUUCAAUCAGUUCUCGAUGGGCAGCCCAAACUUCCUCAAACUGUUCCCACGAAGUUUUAAGAAUACAAGGCAGAAAAAGUCAACUUUAUGUAAUGUGAGUUUAGUGACGUCAUAUAGGAAGGAACAUGCAUGUGCAUUUGCCGUCGUCUUUUUUUUUUUUUUUUAUUUCAUUGACGGUUGCAGCAAAAGGCACGUUGGCCUCGACCCAAAACAUUUCACUAAUACCCAGCGGGACUUUCCAAACUGGCUUUUCUUUCUCUUAAGAGCUGCCAGCAAAGUUCAUUUGCAUCUCGUAAGAAAAAAGAAAAAAAAAAGCUUGUUCGUGCAUUUCUUUGUUUUUUUUUUUUCGUUUGUUUUACAUUUCAGUAUUGCAGCGCCUCAAGAAGCAGAUUUUUUUAAAACAAUUUUUUUUUUUUUGUAUUUUUAAUGUUUUAGCAGCUGUAUUUUGAGUUUAUUUGUUGUAAGAAAAUGUUUCAUAUUUGUGGAUUCUCUUGUUUGUAUUCUGAAAUCCUUCAAAAGUGCCCCCCAAUAUUCCUGUAAUCAUUUUAAUUUUUGGAGGCCGAGGUUCAACAUGUGGUGAUUUGCUCUCAAUUGUGAAAGGUUCCAAACUGGAAAAUGUGUUUUUAAAUGAAAUAUUUCAA